AACGGUUUAACGACGGCAGCGAUUUGCGGCAGCACAGUGACUUACGGCCGUCGUGACGUUGCGAAUGAAAAGGCGGGAGUGUCCACUCGGUAACCCGAGCUAGUCGGCAGUCAGAAUGACUCAGUCGGUGGUCCUUCAGGUCGGCCAGUGUGGAAACCAGAUCGGCUGCUGCUUCUGGGACCUGGCGCUGAGGGAACAUGCCGCGGUCAACCAGAAAGGAAUUUAUGAUGAAGCCAUCGGCAGCUUCUUUAGGAAUGUGGAUACCAGGGUUGUUGGUGAUGGUGACAGUAUUUCCAAAGGAAAAAUACGUUCUUUAAAAGCACGAGCUGUCUUGAUUGAUAUGGAAGAAGGGGUAGUAAAUGAAAUUCUCCAGGGACCUCUGAGAGACAUAUUUGAUAGCAAACAACUCAUCACUGACAUUUCUGGCUCAGGAAAUAAUUGGGCUGUGGGUCAGAAAGUUUUUGGCAGUCUUUACCGAGAACAGAUUUUAGAGAAACUCAGAAAAGCUGCAGAGCACUGUGAUUGCUUGCAGUGUUUUUUUAUAAUACACUCCAUGGGAGGAGGAACAGGAUCUGGACUUGGCACAUUUCUUUUAAAGGUGCUUGAAGAUGAAUUCCCAGCAGUAUACAGAUUUGUGACUUCAAUCUACCCUUCUAGUGAGGAUGACGUCAUAACCUCACCUUAUAACAGCAUCUUGGCAAUGAAGGAGCUGAACGAGCACGCAGACUGUGUGCUGCCCAUCGACAAUCAAUCUUUAUUUGACAUCAUUAGCAAAAUAGACCUCGUGAUGAGCUCUGGAAAGUUGGGUCCAAGUGUGAAGCCAAACAGUCUGGUUACUUCAAGUGCUAGGGCUUAUCAGAAACGACAGCGAGGACGGAGGAAACCCUUUGAUGCAAUGAACAACAUUGUGGCAAAUUUGCUGCUGCAUCUAACAAGCUCUGCACGGUUUGAAGGGUCCCUUAAUAUGGACCUUAAUGAAAUCAGCAUGAAUUUAGUUCCAUUUCCUCAACUUCAUUAUCUUGUGUCAAGCCUAACACCUCUAUAUACGCUAGCAGAUGUUAAUAUUCCUCCUCGAAGGUUGGAUCAGAUGUUCUCAGAUGCCUUCAGCAAGGAUCACCAGCUAAUCCAAGCAGAUCCGAAACACAGUCUCUAUCUUGCCUGUGCCCUCAUGGUUAGAGGAAAUGUGCAGAUUUCAGAUCUUCGCAGAAAUAUUGAAAGAUUAAAGCCUUCUCUACAGUUCGUCUCCUGGAAUCAAGAAGGCUGGAAGACCAGCCUGUGCUCAGUACCUCCUGUGGGCCACUCUCAUUCACUAUUGGCUUUAGCGAAUAACACAUGUGUGAAGCCUACCUUCAUUGAACUGAGAGAGAGGUUCAUGAGACUCUACAAGAAAAAGGCUCACCUCCAUCACUAUCUCCAAGUGGAGGGGAUGGAGGAAAGCUGUUUCACGGAAGCUGUGUCAUCGCUGUCAGCACUCAUCCAGGAGUAUAACCAGCUGGACGCCACCAAGGGCAUGCCCAUGGAGGAUGUGCCCAGACUGCGCGUCGCUGUGUGAGAGGGAAACCUGAAAGCAUGGCUGUCACUGCCUGACUUCACCGUUUCUCAUCACUGUUUCAGCUUUUCUGUAACUCAGGAAAUUUUUUAUCUAAAAGACUGUUUUCUACUUAAUCACAACUUAUUUAUGAUACCAGUGAGGGCAAUUCAUAAAGCUCCUGUACCUCAAGGAAUUUGAGAAUGUUGAGAGAAUGAAGUUCUUCAAUGGAUCACCUUAUCUAUAGCCCCAAGUUUAGACAUUUAUGCACUGAUAAUAAAGAUCUUCUACAGAGAUAUUUUCAUAUAGAUAUUUAAUUUAUAUUGUGAUAUUCUACUUAAAUUCCCCUGAUACUUUAAAAAUACCUACUAGGAGUAGAACAAUACAAUAAUAGUAUUUCCAUAUAACAGCCACUAACUUUUCAGCAAUAGCUUUUGUUACAACUAUUAAGGAGAUUUUUGUUUUCUCUUUAGGUAACAACUUUUGCACAUAGAAGAAUUUAAACAGUUGCCUUUUUAUCAAGCCAACUGAUUUUAUAAUAAAUGUCCAUGUUUUUACAGUGCUACUUGUUACUGUUUUGCAUGUCACCAUUUUUAUAAAUGAAUAAGACAUUACUAAGCUUCAAAUUCUCUUCUAACCUUUGUAGUACACACUAGUUGUAGUAUAGUGUGUUCUACUUACUAUAACCUCCAAUUUGAACUAGCAUUAAUUUAUUUGUAAUCAUAAUUUGUGUUUCAAAUAAAUAGGUUGACUUAUCACUUGAAGGAAGUAAUUUUUCAGAAGAUUUUUUUCCAAGCCAAAAUAGUCUGUUGUAUGCUUUCUUUAGUGUUUAUCUUUUAAGUGUUUUUCGUUUGCAAGAUAUUAGUACUGUUCUUGGUCCUAAUCUUAAAAUUUUACUUUUUUAACAUCAUUGGUAUAAAAUUUUUGGAUUAUUCUUGUUAGCAGUAGCCAGAAUAGUUCACUUUACUCUCUCCUAAAAUCAUAACAAUAUUUAGGAUUGGGCAAUGAAAAUUAUAAAUAUAUUUAUAGUGUAAUCUUACUUCUAUUCAAGAAUUUAUUUGGAAUCUUUGAGCCAUAUAUUAAUUAUUAUCUGACAGGAACCUAGGCUACGUUGCCAGGUACAGAGUAAAGCUUAAAAAUUCAGUAAGUGUUUUUAAACAUAUCAAAAAAGUACUCUCAAUUAUUUUGUAAAAUAAAAUGUUUUCUUGUAAAUAGUUAAACUUUUUCUUUAGUGAAUGCUGAGAUGAUACCAAAUGACUGUAUAACAUUACUGUAUUAUGUAUUGUACAAAUGAAUUCAGUUUUAAGCUAUUUAAGUUUUAUAUAUAUUUUUAGGACAAACUUUCAGAAGCCUCUAAUGUCUUCAGUACAGGGAUCUGAGAACAUCUAUACUUAGUUCUUUAUAAAGUAGAUUUGCCACCAUUCUACUUUUUUAAUUAUAUGACAUAACUGAUUAACUUUAAAACCCCCCCCCCACACACACACGUAUGCUUGGUUUUAUAGAAUCUUGAACUCAGAAAAUAUGUCUCCAGGUUCUCUGCAGUUUCUCUGACAUACGCAAGACGUAAUCCACUGCAUCUUCCACUUGAAUGACCCUUCAUUUGGGCAGUCAAAUUGAACAGUAAUCAUUUUAGACUUGUUGGGGAUGCAGCAUCUCUUAUCCGUGCAUACUCCACAGAAAGUGGGUUUGUAACUCUGAGUACUUGAGCAUCCAGAAAACGCAAAUUUCUCAGCUUUGGAUUGUUGAAAGGUAGGCUGGCAUGUUUUUCCUUUGGGGAUCUGAAAAGAAAAGAGUGAUUCUUUUAAUUUAUGAUACAUAAAAAAAUAUUGAGUAGAACAUGUUUGGCACAGACCUACAGAUUGGACAAUUUCUGGUGCAUUAGUAUUUAGUGUGCAGUAACUCGGAGCAUUCUCUGUCUUUAAAAUGUCCCUUCCCUGUUUUUGCUCCAUCAUACUAUGGGACUUAAUUUUUCCUGCUUUAUUUUAUUCAGUUCCAAAUUCUAUGGAAAUAUUUUGUUUACUAUCAAGGACUAUGUCUUGUUAAAUGUUUAUUUAUCUAUAACAACAAAUUCCCUAACACAGCUCAGAUGUUUUUGGGAUAGAUACAUAGAUGAGUAAAUAUCUAUUUAAAAAAUUGGACUGUCAGCUUGCCAGUAUGCUGAGGAAUCCCUUGGGAAUGAUAAGGAUUUUAUAUCAUUUCUACAAAUUACAAUUCUUCCUUCAAGAAGUUAUACCAACCAGUGGUAAAUAUUUUAUCAUAGUCCUUUGGAAAUAAACUGAUACCCAGCAUUUUGCAAAUGGUGUGAACUCCAAGAUCAAACUUCUCUAUUCCAAUUUUCUUAUUGCAAUGAAAAUUUUGUAUUCAUUACUUUGAUUCUACUAUAUAUAAUUAAUAUGGAAGAGAAAAGAGUAGAAUCCAAAAAUGUUGCAUGAAAGGUUACCAAAACAAAUCAGGCUGACCAAGGCUUAUAUUAGUGAGCUGUCAGAGUAUAAGAGAAUCUCCAAGUUAAUAUUAUCUCUACUAGGUAAAAUAUUCCCUACAAAAUACAGGAAGGUUAAUAACUGGUUUUGUCUCAAAUGAUUUUACUCAUUACAAUGAGGUGGUUACAAUGAGGUGGUUUUAUUUAUAUAACAGUCAAAUGCCGUCCCUCCAAAAUACAUACAUGUACAUUACAGACAGUUCUACUGGAUUAUAAUGAAGUCUAAUUAAACUGUACCUUUAAUGCCUUUGCCAUUGUACUGUUGCAAGGCUGAAUAUAGCAUAAUCUUUUCUCUUUUCUCAUUUCACAAUUGCUGUUUUCAUUGGUUACCCUGUUAGAUAUUCCCAUGCCACACGUUUUAGAACAUGGAGUCCAUUUGGUUGCUUGCACAAGACAUUUUCUUUUCCAAAUAAGUGGAAGAUUCCUGUAAGCUAAAAUUAAUGGAGGGAUAAAAGAAGCUCAUUAUCUAAUUCAUCAUUCUAGUUCCAUUUUUCCCACUACUCAAAUUACCUUUCAGUCAGACAUCAUAGUUAUUUCCUGAAAAGGAAUAGAAGAUUUUAUCAUUUCCACCAUUCAGUUUAGUCACAGUGGCCCUAACCACUAGGUGUAUCACCUGUUAGGGACGGGGCUGCAGAGCAAAAGGUUGGUGGUGGGUGGACAAGCAGAGCUUUCUCUCUAUGUACAGCCUUUCCUUGGUUUAGCCCUGCUUUCUGUUAGGUCAGCGGCGUCAUUAGAUUCUCGGAGGAGUGCGCACCCUGCUGUGAAUUGCACAUGCAAAGCAUCUGUAUUUCAGGCUCCUUAUGAGAAUCUGAUGCCUGAUGAUCUGAAGUGGAGCUGAGUCACGCUAGCACUGGGAGCCAUCCACAGAUACAACACUGGCGUUGAGAUUCAACUGCACAGAAACCAUAAUAAAUCAGUUUGAAAACCCUAUCAGUGAGGAGCAAGUGACAAGCAACGUCUGGUAGCAGUCUUACAGUGACAAGUGAGUUUUAAUACAGCUGUACAGCUGCAUUUGGUGGCAGUUAUUUAGUUAAAAUCCAGCACUUACUUAGUCCACACAUGGGCUGCUCAUUAUGUCGUUUCCCACUUUAUGCAUCUUUCCUGUGCUGUGCACUUGUCUCAGUAACCCUGCAAGCUAUCCCUAGCCAAAAUGAGUUAGAAAGCCUCAUUGGAAAGCUCUGAAAAAGGGAAAGAUUUGAUGAGACAGCAGAAGAUUUCUAAAACUACCAACAAAAAGAAAGCUGCAUUUAAAAUACCAUUUAAAUUACAAGUUCAUUGCAACAGGUAAUUCUCAUUCUCCAAGUCACACUAUAAUGUGUUGACUGACUAGCCAACAAAGCCAUGUAACAUUCAAAAUGUUUCACCAUAUGGAAACCAAGCACCCUACAUUAAAAGACAAACCUUUAAAGCUUUUCAAAAGAAGAAAAAUCCAUGUAAAUAGGAGCAAUUAUUAAAGGCUACCACUUCAUUAAAUGUGUCUGCCCUGAGCAUCAUUCUUAGUGACUAACCACAUUGCUAAAGCCAAGAAGUCCUUUAUUGUGAUGAAGAGUUGAUCCUGCUUGCUCCUGAGGACAUUUGUUGUGAAUAAAUUUUAGGAAAAGCAAGUACAAAAGGUAGUACCGUAACUAGACAAACUGUUGAAAUAUCAGACAAUAUCAAGGCAUAACUGUUAGAAUUAAUGAGUCGUGAGAAACUCACAUUGACAAAUCUAGUAUUCAUAGCAAGUUUCAUGUAUUUUUCAGGAGGAGAUACAUAAAGAAAUGUAUGUACUUUGUUGUCAGCCAAUCGCACAGCACACAAAACUAUUCAAGUCUUUGAAUGAUAACCCAUCAGGAAAACUGAACUGGCCAUUUCAUAUGUGCACAGACAGUGAUUGCUAUGACCAGACAGCUUCCUGGUUUCACCUCUCAGUUUAAAAGAGGUUGCUUCUGAAUGUGUCACUAUGCUGAUUAGCUGAAACACGUCGCCUGGACCGAACAUUUUGCAGGAUGUGAUUAAAAUUGUCAGCAUUGAAGUACAUGCCCUUGCCUCACAUCUGUUCUGUUUAUGGAGCUCUGAAGACAAACACAGAGCACACAAGUCUUCUCUUAUAUACAGAAGUGAGACAGUUUCCUAAAGGCAGCUCACUGGCCAGAGUUGGAGUGAUGAGAGCCACUCCAGAGUUUUGUUUUAGAAAAACUGUCACCACUGGCAGUGUAUUUCAUUGACAUAGAGUAAGCUGCAAAACUUGCCUACUCAUGACAUUAAACAGUAAGUCACUUCAGGAGAGAAUGACACUAGAGAUCAAGUCCAUGGAUUAAGUGGACACAUUCAAACCCAAACUAGAAUUAUGGAAGCAUCAAAUGAAUCCUGCCAUUUUUGACGUGUUUUGCUGAGAUUUGAAAGAGAUUGAGCCAGGGCUUGCUUUCUCCCAGCUGGUACAUGAUCACCUACCUCAGUUUUCAACAGAGUUUAAGUAUUACUUCCCCACCACAAAAGCCACACCACCACCACCACCCUGAACUGGGAAAAACCUUGAUCCAUGACCCAUUUGUGAAUCUGCAAGGUGGGCUGAAUGAUCCAUGCUACCAUGAGUUUGGGUCAACUGCCUGAGAUCACAAAUGAGGGUAGCCUUUAAAUUCCAUAUUUCCAUACAUUCUGGAUUAAAGUCAAGGCAGAAUAUGCUGAGAAUGCUACAGAAGCAUUGAAGAGCCUGCCUCUGUUUCCAACAUCCUAUCUUUUUGAAGCAGGGUUUGCUGUGACAGUGACAGCAAACAAAAUGAGAUCAACUGGACAUAAGCAUUGGGUGUCACUGUCUGCCAUCACUUCCAGAAAGGACCAUCUGGCUGCAGGAAAACAAGUUCAGGGCUACCACUGCUAUUACAUUAUGUAGGAUCUUGCAAUUGCACACUCAGGCGAGAGAGAAAAAGCAGAAUCAUGAAGAUACCUGGAAAGUAGACAGCAGAUUAAAGACCUCAAUGCAGGAAGCAGAUUAGAAGCCUGGCACACAUCUGAAAUAAAUAAAGGUAGGUUAGAUUAUCACGUUACCAAGAAGUAACUCUGCUUAAAGUUAAACCAAGAACUGUAGGACAAGAGUUUUUAAACAUUCAUUAAAUGUUUAAAUAGAAGAAAUGUGGAGGAAAAAUAGAAGAAAUGUAUAAAAUAAGAGCUUAAUAUUUGUGAGCACCAAGAAAAGAAUGAAGGCACUGUCACUGCAUGUUUCCUACGGGUCCAGCAAAGUGAAAGCAUAGCUGUAAAUUAUCAUCACAGGAGCCUUAUGUUGAGCCAAUGAGAUGUCAUGCAGAAAGCCAUCUGUUUCUGUAUGCUUUGAAAAAGGAACAGUUUGGGGGCCAAGAGUAUAGCUAGCUCAGUGGUAAGGUGCAUACUUCAUAGCAUGUUCAAGACCCUGGGCUCACUCACCAGCACCAAAAUCAAUAAAGAAAAAGGAAUGACUUGGCGUAUCAUUUUAAAGCAUUAGUAGUGUCAUGUUAACUGAAUGAUUAUGUAAAUGCAAAUUCACAAAAGCCUGGUAAUUUUUGUUUAAUUAACUGACAUAAUCAAGAGUCCCCAAGGAGGCUCUUUUCAUUAGAGUUAGCAGUUUAUAAAUGUCUAAAACUCACUUAUCUGGUUAUAGCUCCAUUUACAGAAUAUCCACUUAACAAAAAAUAACUUAGAGGUUUGUUGUUGUUUGUGGUUUUUUGCAUACACAAAUGUCCUGUAGCUCCACUGUACCUUUCACUAAACUCUUAAAAGGCAUUCUUGAUUUCUGGGUGAGAACACAGAGCUGAAUUUUCCAGAGACGGGGUUGGGAAUAAGCAGAAAUGUAAGAAUGUAGAAGAGUGUCCUGACCUAGUAAAUUUUUAAAAACUGGAAUAUUUCACCAGCAAAGUCCAAAACAUUAUAGUUUCCUUCUGCGAUAUUUAGAAUAGACCUACCUGAGGCAAAGACCAAGUAGGAGGGUACCCUCAGCCUAAACCUCUCUCUGACCACCAGGCUAUAAAUACUUAAUCAGAACCUGAGUGUGGACAGAAAAAAGCUGAAAGAAAAGUCAUGCAUGAAAAACAGCUGUACUUCUGAGCACCUGGCAUGGUUCUGUAGCUUGUUGAGAUCUGCUGUUGUGACUGUGUCAGGCCACAGUGUGACUGAUCAGACUUCUUUCCAGCUUGACUCCCGGAGCAGUGGCUGGCAGCGGGCCUGGGUCUGAACAGAGGUGUGCAUCCAAUCACCCCACUCACACAGAGGCAGCUAAACAGGGGGUGGGGCUGAAACACCUGGCCAUUAUGGUAAUGGACCCUGUUGAACUCACAUCCAACAGCCACAAGAUCUGAAAAGAAAACAGCAAAAUUGGCAAAGUCACUGUAACCUGAAUACUUAGACCUCUGCUUAUACAUUUUAUUAUUUUAGUACAAGUGUACAGUACAUAAUGUUUACAUUCCUUGUGUGGAGUUGGUACAUGCCCAUGACAGAUCUCAAUUCCUUUUUUCAUCCCUUUCCCUUCGUGCCCCCUCUCUCCAUUCUUGAUCCUCUUCCCAUUUGAGAAAGACUGCCUAUUAUCUAGCUUUUAUUUUCUUCUUUAUAAUUUGGAUUUCUCAUAUGAAAGAAACUAAGGAAUAUUUAAGUUUGUAUGUCUGAUUAAUUUCACUCAACAUUAUGGUCUCAAGAUGCAUCCAUUUUCUUAAAAAUUACUCAAGGUUAUCCAUCUUUAUGACAGAGUCUUCUGUUGGGUAUAAAUUCUAUAUUUUCUUGAUCCAUUUGUUUGACAUCUGGGCUGCUUCCAAGAUUUAGCUAUUGUGACACUUUAAAACAAAUAGCUAUGUGCUUUAUAAAAUGUAGUUCUCAAUUUCUUAGGCCCCAUUUGGAAACGUUCACAGAUUUAUAGAUAGGUUAAAAUGAAACAGUAUUAUGAUAUGUAGGCUAUAAACUGCAACUGAUCAUUUCCAGGUGUAAAACCAACUAAAAGCCCUGCUCUGCAGUUUUAAUUUUUUAAAACCGAAGAAGUAAGAUUCAAUUGAAGGGAUAUGUUGAUGCUCAGGGGAACUGAAACCUCCCCAGACAUCCAACAGUAGGCUAAGAACACACUUUUAGGAAGACAAGAUAAAGGAAUGUCUGAGGAAACCAUAAUUUAUUUAGGUACAGUUUUCCAAGGUAAAGAAAAAUUGACAGUGACUUUCACUUUCUGGGAGGAAUAUUCUUGUCCUGGCUCAGCAGUUCUGCAAGUUUGUUCCACCAGCCUCUUGGCAGCAGCUGAGAUGUUUUCAGGAAAUCUCCAGGGUCAGAACUCUUCAAUAUAGUCAGGUAUAAGACUUUUUUCACUGUUGAUAUUUUCACUGGUGUUACAAAACAAUUAAGGCUAAAAUCUCAGGUGUUUUAGCGUGGAUUAAACUAUACAUGCAGCUGCUGUAAUCUUUCUUCCCAUUCACUUGUACUUUCAGGUUAAGGCAGAAAAGCUACUUUUACCUAAGAAUGUCCUUCAGAGCACAAUAAAAUUACUAAUUGUAUUAAAUUCUGUAUAGCCAAAUAUAAUUACUGUCUUAAGGAAAAGCACCUAUAUCAUGUUCAAGUUGUAGGCUGAAUUAGCUAAUUUGUAAAGGGAAUUUUACUGGAAGAGUUUUGCUUGAUAGAUAAACUAUGGUUAUUCAGACAUGGGUACUUUGGAGACAUCUCUUGAAAAUGAUUAGAAUGAACCUGUCACUUAAAGGAAAAUAACAGUAUUUAUUACAGUGAUAGAACUUUGGAAAACUGAUAUUCACCACUAGGCUCUUUUUAGUUAAAUAAUAUGUAGACUUUUCUAAUGAGAGUGAUAUUAAUAGGAUUUUAAAGUAUUAAUUUAUAUUAAAUAUUUAAUAUUAAAUAUUAUUUAAUAUUAUUUAAUGAAGUAUAGUUUGAACUUGAUGAUACAGUAAACCAAUAUUUUUCAAUGAACAAAACUUCGAAUGACAGAUUUAUGCAUAAGUAAAAGAUGGAAUUCCAAGUAGGUCUUAGAUAAUAUAAUAUAAACAAAGAUGAAGGUUUGUUGAUAUAUUUUCAGGUUCUGUGAUGCAAUUUUAGGGAAGCAUCUACCACUUAUCACAUGUUAACAUUAAAAAGCAUGUUAAUACUUAUCUGGGAAGCUUAUUAAAAUAUCCUUUCCUUUUCCAA